AUGAACUUGAGCAAAGAUGCAUUCGAUGGCCAUAGCCAACUUGGUUUUGGGGUCUAUUUACUAAAGGAUUGUUAUAAACAAGUAUAUACAGCAUUGUCAUUGGGCAUACGAUUGAUUGACAGUGCAAUAAGUUAUCGUAACGAACGAGAAUGUGAACGUGCAAUUCAAGAUUUUUGUAGGAACAGCCUAGACGUAAAACGAGAUGAAAUUAUAUUAGUCACAAAGAUUCCUGACUCCAUGCAAGGGUUUGAAAGAACUUGGAAGGCGAUUCUUCAAUCUUUACGGCGUGUGGACCGGCCUUUUUUGGAUAUGGUUUUAAUACAUUCUCCCAAAUGGCCUGAGCGACGUCUGGAAUCUUGGCGAGCGCUAGUUGAAUUGAAGAAAGAAGGAAUUGUUCGAGAAAUUGGUGUUUCCAACUAUAACGUUCACCAUUUGGAAGAAAUAGUUGCUUCCAAACUUCCUCUCCCAGCGGUAAAUCAAAUUGAGUUAUCGGCGUUCAAUAGCAGAAUAGAAAUACAAGAAUACUGUUCGAAUCAUGGAAUUUCUCUUAUGGCAUUUUCGCCUCUUACUAUCGGGCAACGCCUUGACGAUGUUCGUCUCUUGGAUUUGGCAGCCAAAUAUAAGAGGACACCAUCGCAGAUUCUUCUGCGCUACUGCUUGGAACGGAAUAUAUCACCAAUCUUUAAAAGUGAAAAAUUAGACCGUAUUCACGAAAAUGCUGGUUGCAUGGACUUCCAAAUGAAUUCCCAAGACUUAGCAUGGAUGACUACCUGGGAUGAGGAAUUUGUUAGCAAACCCUCAUGGAAUCCAAUUAUUCUUCCUUAA